AUGGAGAUGGAUCCAUCACCUGUUGUUGAAGAUCAACCAGGCACAUCGGAUCUGGGCCUUACUUGGGACCCAGAUCUAGAUUAUGAUGAAUGUGUGUACUACCAUGAAGGAAGUGAUCUAUACGCCGAAGACGUCGAUGGUCAGAUGGCGGUACUGCCGGAAGUGCCAGUGACGACGGAAGAUGUGAGCAUCGAGGACAUUCAGCUAUGUGGAUAUGAUAAUCAGACCCCAGAAGAAAUUGACCGACAAAGGGUCUGGAAGUUCCGACAUCUCUUGAUCGGCAAGGGAAAUGCCAUUCCGCCGGCGGCUAGAGAUGUGGUGUGCGAUAUAGAUGUCGGGGGAGCGAGACCUAUCGCCCUCAAGUGUCGUAAGCUACGGAUCCAGUUCAGGGAGAAGCUGGCGGACUUGAUCAAGGGUCUAUUGUCCGCCAAGAUGAUCAAUUACUCUAGAUCACCAUGGGCUUCCCUGAUCGUGGUGAUCAUUAAGUAG